AUGAAGCUUAGUGCUCAGGUGCUGCCUUUCAUCUAUCGUGCCAUUGGUUCAAAGCAUCUUCCUGUCAGUAACAUCAGCUUUGUUCAUCUUGAUUCCCACCCAGACCUUCUUAUUCCUGUGAAUAUGCCUGCAGACACUGUAUUUGACAAAGAAGCUCUUUUUAGUGAAUUAAGUAUUGAGAACUGGAUUAUGCCUGCUGUUUAUGCUGGCCAUAUUUCUCAAGUAGUAUGGCUUCACCCACCCUGGGCUCAGCAGAUCUCAGAAGGAAAACACCAUUUUUUAAUUGGGAAAGACAUAUCAACAACUACAAUCAGGGUUACAGGCACUGAUCAUUACUUUUUAAGUGAUGGUCUUUAUGUCCCUGCUGAUCAGCUAGAAAACCAGAAGCCUUUAAAUUUACACGUCAUUCUCAUCAACCCUACUGAAGCAUCAAACAGCCAGGAAGAAAAUGGCAAGGUAGCAUCUGCUAAGAGACUGAAGCUAAAUAGAGAUGACACAGCAAGCACUGCUUCUGCCUUUUCAUCAGUGGUUCCUGGUGAUCUUGAUCACAGCACCCCAAGUCUGAAGAAAAAGGAAGUACAACAUGCAAGUGCCCCGAACAAGGCAGAAGCACUGUCAGAGUUCUCAGCUUCAAGCUCUCUCAGAAACAGUGAAUGCCCAAAAACAGAAGUUGUCAAAGAUAUCUGCCAAGUACUGCAGAAAGGGGAUGCGUAUGUUUUAGACAUUGACUUAGAUUUUUUUUCAGUGAAAAAUCCGUUCAAAGAAAUGUACACACAGACAGAAUACGAGCUUUUGCAAGAGCUGUACAAUUUCAAGAAGCCUCAUAGAAAUGCAACAGAGGAGGGCUUGCUGGAUUGUGUUGAAAACCGUGUUCAUCAGCUAGAAGAUCUGGAAGCAGCAUUUGCAGAUUUGUGUGACAAUGAUGAUGAAGAGACCCUACAGAAGUGGGCUUCAUAUCCUGGAAUGAAGCCACUUGUUCAACUAGUUCACAGCUUGAAAACCAGGAUGGAAAACCCAGACUACGAAAUG